AUCUCCACCGCCCCCUCCGUCAUUGCCGGCGCCGCCGUACCUUCAGCUCGCAUUCCGCUCUCCACGUGCUCCUCCCCCUACCCUUCAAUUCCUCUUGCUUCCAUCUUCACCUACCCCUCUCCACUUUCUCUCGUCGUUUCUUCCUCUCUUUUCAUUUUUAAACCAUCUCGCCGUCAACCGAUUGGAUUACCGUCUUCUGUUCUGUUUGUUUCUCCAGAAAAAAAAGAGAGAAAAUAUAAUCUUUGAAGUUCUAUCGGAUUUGUGUUAUAGAGUUGGAUUUUGCACUUGACUGAGUUUCAUAAUGAAGGUUUAGGCGGGGAAUCCUUUUCUUCUUCUUCUUCUUCUUCUUCUUCGUUUCAAGAUGCGUAAUGCUUCUGCUGAAUUGAGGACUCCGCGAAGCUCCUACCAGAUCUUGAUAUUUUCUAGGGUUUUCAGAUAGCUUUAUUAGUUGUCGUCAAUAAUGCACGGGCUUAGCCGCCUCGGGACAGGCGGGACCCGCUCUAUGUCGCCGUCGCCGCCUUCCUCCCCUCGGUUGCGAUACGGCAGCAACAAGAGCUUCGGCGGCCGUGUCGGUGGCGGAAAGCAGAGUUCUGCGGUGGACAAGAUGGUUUUGUUCUUGAUUUCUGCUGUGUUUAGGCGAAAAGGCGUGCUGCUGUUUGCGCCGUUGUUGUACAUUUCGAUAAUGUUGUUGUGCAUGGGAUCGUUGGGGUUUGAUGUUGUGAAUUUGAAGAAAGCAAUUGUUGUUGUACACAGGCGUGCGCCUCCAGGCUCCUUGUACCGGAGCCCUCAGGUGUUCGUGAAGCUCUGGCCUUUUAUGGAAGCUGAGAACAAUGGGAGCUCCAAUACGCUGUUGUCAGUAUGGAAUCUGAAGAUGCAUCAAAGUUGGAGGCCUUGUGUCAAUAAGAUUAUCUCCAAAACAGGUCCUUCAGAAUUACCAAAGUCUAAUGGUUUUCUUAUAAUUGAAGCAAAUGGUGGCUUGAACCAACAACGUUUAUCAAUAUGUGAUGCAGUGGCAGUGGCAGGGCUACUGAAUGCUACUCUUGUCAUUCCAAUCUUUCAUCUAAAUAGUGUUUGGCGAGAUUCCAGCAAAUUUGGAGAGAUAUUUGAUGAAGAGUUUUUCAUGGACAAGCUUAGAAAUAAUUUGAAGGUGAAUAUAGUCAAAGAACUCCCACAAGAUGUACUUCAAGGUUUUAACAAUAACAUUAGCAGCAUUGUCAAUUUGAGAGUAAAAGGGUGGUCAAGUCCUUCCCAUUAUCUUCAGAAGGUUCUUCCAAAAUUAGAGGAAAUGAGAGCUGUGCGAAUUGCACCUUUUUCUAAUAGAUUGGCUCAUUCAGUAUCAUCAAGCAUCCAAGGGCUUAGAUGCUUUGCCAAUUUUGAAGCGCUGAGGUUUUCAGAGCCUAUUAGAAUGCUUGCAGAUAAGAUGGUUGAUAGGAUGGUCAAUAAUAGCUCUCUUAGUGGGGGCAAAUAUAUUUCUGUGCAUCUUCGGUUUGAAUUGGAUAUGGUUGCUUUCUCGUGCUGUGAAUAUGAUGGUGGGCAAGAAGAGAGGCAUGAAAUGGAUAUUGCCCGAGAAAAAGGUUGGAGAGGAAAAUUUAGACGAAGAGGUAGAGUUAUAAGGCCAGGUGCAAACCGCAUGGAUGGAAAAUGUCCUUUAACUCCUUUGGAGGUGGGAAUGAUGCUUAGGGGCAUGGGCUUUGAUAAUAGCACCACGGUAUAUGUUGCAGCUGGAAAUAUUUAUAAGGAAGAAAAGUACAUGGCUCCUCUCAGACAGAUGUUUCCACGUUUGGAGACAAAGUAUACACUGGCUACUGCAGAAGAACUUGCUCCAUUUAAGGGCCACUCAUCUAGGUUGGCUGCUCUCGACUAUACAGUUUGCCUUCACAGUGAAGUAUUCGUAACAACACAAGGUGGAAACUUUCCCCACUUCUUAAUGGGUCACAGACGUUAUUUAUAUGGAGGACAUGCAAAGACAAUUAAGCCUGAUAAGAGGAAAUUAGCAUUGCUUUUUGAUAGCCCUGACAUCAGGUGGGAAACCUUCAAAUUACAAUUGAAAGAUGUGCUUCGCCGUAGUGAUGUGAAGGGAGGUGAAAUGAAAAAACCCAGUGGGUCACUCUACACCUUUCCAAUGCCAGAUUGCAUGUGUAAACAUUCCGAAGAGAAGAGAAACAACAGAAGCAAACUUGCUUGAACAAUUGACUACCUGUGACAGCACCAAACCUACCAUGUCAAGGGUUAUGUUUUUUGUUUUACCCAACCUGUAAUUUAUUCUGAGGUAUCAUUCAAUUUGAGUCAUGAAAUUCAUUCUUUUUAUAAGGAGGGAGAAGUUGUCUAGGCUCUCUGAUUCUUUGAUGUUUUUCAGCUCUAUUUCCCAUUGUGUAAAAUUCAUUGUACAUGACGAGACAGUAGUCUCUGCUUGCCAAAGAUAGUAAUUCUAUAGCAAGUAAAAAUUUUGUUGUCAAAAGCUAGGCCAAACAUACUCUUGUAAUAUGUUAAGUUCUUAACAUUUUGUUUGAAAUUUUCUGGAAAUUUCACGUAUAGAUUGUUUCCUUCUUUUUACCGUGCAUUUGUUGAUGAGCUAUGGAAUGAAAAAUACUUGGUUUC